AUGCACCCCUUUUCCGUCCUCACCCUUGGAAUCUUUGUCGCGGGCUAUAUCACCGCCAGGUGGGAUCUUGUAACCCGCCUGUACGAAUUGGCCAUUUUUGCCUGGGACCACGGUGUCGUGACGCGCACUGCAAAGGGAUUCCUCUUCCUCUCCGUUUUCUUCUUCCUCCUCGUUCUGCCGAUUAAUCACCUGGCGUCGAAGGAGGGUCAGUUGGAUGACAAUAUGCUCAUGAGCGAUGGACUCCUGCGGGUAUUUUGGCCAUAUGACCUCCCGCGAUCUUCGUCGCCCGGUGUAAUUGUUGGAUGGCGGAACUCUGAGCUUGAUCUGUUUGUGCUCACAGUGCUGGAGGAUGUCGAGCCUCGGAAUGUCGACAAUGCGCUUCGGGCGGGGAUUCUCUUUCGCAAUAGCCCGCACCCGGUUGUGCGUAUCUUUGCGCUGUGUGGACGGUCCCAGAUGCAUGUCCUUGGCUCGACCAAUUCUGCUCAGCCUCCCACUUCAUUCAGCUCCUCUCAUCUCUAUGUGACUACGCACCCGCCAUUAAAGGUCCCUCGUAUUUUCUGUCCACCGGAAGCAGGCGUGUCGGUUCAGGUUAUCAUGUAUCACCGUCCACACCCAACGCGUAUGGAGUAUAUGUCCCUGGAUCCAAUUUCUCUGGCUCUGGGCGAUAAAGCCACAACGGCGGAGAUUUGGGGUCCAUCUUCUGACAAGAUAGAGACCGGGGAAGAUGGAAACAAAGCUGGAUCCAAACUGCUAGUUGAGAAGCUCAAGCUUCACUCAGUCGUCAGGCACAUCCCAUCGCAGAAGGAGCAAGCGCUCCCGCUGAUAGUCAACCAAGUGAAUUGUGCAUAUGAGAUGGGGCAACUUAUGCACAGGAACAGCCAUUUAAUUGGGAUUCGUGCGAAGAGAAGUAUGAGUGUCGGAGAACGUGUGGUUGAAUCAGCAACAACGCUGUGGGGAUUCCUUGUUCUCUGCAUCGCCCAUGUUUUCUGGAAAUGGCUCUGGCCUGUUGUGACCAGAGUCUUUGUCAUUGGGCUUGUGUGCCACCGAUCUGUUGCGGAGAUCGUCUUGCAGGUUCUCGAGUGGCGUGCUCGCCCUGACGCUGCUGCCCUCAAGGAUAUCUCGGCGACCGCUCAACAGGUUGAUAUACGGUUACAGCAGUUUUGCUACUGGCCGAUUCAAUAUGUGAAGCUUCGGCAGAGAAAGGAUAAUUGGGAGAGCGUGACAACUAGUCAUCCUGACUAUAUUCGAUUCUAUAACAGUUUGUGGCUUGUUGCUAAUGAUGUGAUCAUCGGCAUUGCGCUAGGAUCUUAUAUCAUGGACAACGCGAACUGGGUCGCUUCUCAAAUAAACACUGUUCUCACCGGAUGGACAGUGGAAGGCCUGCAACGAACAAUUUCAUGGCUCAUGGAUUGGCCAGCUGGGCUGAAACUGAACAAUGAACUGGCAGCAUUCCUUGGUGACCUAUUCCUCUGGGUCAUUGAGAACUGGGCAGCUUGUAUUGCCAAUUUGCAACCUUAUCUUCCUGCUGUCAUCUAUAUCGUUGGAUGUUCAAGCUUUGCAGGUGCAAGCAUGCCAAUUGCACUGUUCUCUGAUCUUCUGUCGAUUCUGACAGUCCACAUUUACUCCUUUUACAUUGCCUCGGCACGCAUUUUUAAUUGGCAACUCACCAUUAUCAUUUCCCUUUUCCAUCUAUUUCGUGGCAAGAAACGCAACGUCCUACGCAACCGAAUUGACUCAUGCGAUUAUGACCUCGACCAACUUCUUCUUGGCACCAUCCUCUUCACUGUCCUGUUCUUCCUACUUCCGACCGUUGUGGUAUUCUACUUGACCUUCGCCUCGGCUCGGAUGUUAAUCAUUUCAAUGAAGGCAGCACUUGACACCUGCCUCGCGUUCUUAAAUCAUUUCCCACUUUUCGCCCUGAUGCUCCGCGUGAAAGACUCGCAACGUCUACCAGGUGGUAUCAGAUUCGAGCUACGAGAUGAAACAGACAAGAAACAAACUAAUAAGGACUCGACUACGAUGACCUCCUACAUCCACCUUGAGUCCAUCCCCUUACCACUACGUGCAAUGUUCGACCAGUACUUCCAACUAGGUCAUAGACUCCGGAAGCACUACCUCGCGCCCCGAGUUAUUUUCUGCCUUGUCACUGGCCGUUUCGUACCUCCCAUCCACCGCCGCAACCUGUAUAGCAUGCAAUACAGCAUGCUACCUGCCCGUCGGGCCGGCAUGGCAGAGGUCUGGGCAUUACUCACGCAGCCUAAGAAAAGCAGUAGCGGGAGUAGUGGCUCUGGCUCUAUGGGCGGGGGCAUUGGUGGCCUCAAUCCGAUUGCUAAAGUGCCUGCGAACUUUGGGCAGCUUGAUAUGCGGCGACGAGGUCAUCGCUAA